CGCUAUUCUUCUGUAGCUUCUGCUAGCUUUCCAUCCUUUGCAGUAUUCACUUACUGUUUAAUUCUUGCGCGAUCAGAUAGACAUGCGGGAGGCUGUCCCCGUCCCGAUGCUGUAUUAAGCAGGUAUCUUGUAGUUGUAAAUGGCUUGUGGCCAGUAUGGCCUUGUUUUUCAGACUCUUUGGUGAAGAUCAUGCGCCUGUUUUUCAUAUUUCGUUUGAUCAUUACCAGCAGUUUGCGCAUCGAGAAUUUUGUCUUUGCUAACGUCGUAAUUAAAUAGAUUGAAAAGAAUCGUCCGAUUUCAAUUUCAUCAAAGAAAAUAUUCCAAAAUGGACGAGCGGAAGCUGCAUUCUUUCCUUUUAGCCAUCGUCGUCGAACAACCCCCGAUGGCGAUCGCUUCUUUCCACCCCUUCGCUGCAGCUGUAAGAUAACCAAACUUUUCGACUACGAGGAAGUACAUGCUGAAGAGAUUUCAUCCGGGUGAUCAGUUUCAGUAUCGACGAAGAAGCGCCUAAAGUGUUCGGGUCCGUCUCUGAUUCACGUUCACGUACCUUAUUCCUGGUCCUUCAUUGCGUCCUCACUGCCUCGUCGAGCGGACAGUGGAACGCUCGGGCUUCUCAUCACCUUCCGUGGAGAUUUGUAGAAGGUAUCGACCCGCGACCCCUACCGACAUUGUGAACCCCACACGACGAGGAUCAUUUCGUCGUUAACCAGUUCAUAUGUAAUAUGUCUUCGCCAUAGCCCUACUAAGAAUCCUUGCCGCGAUGAAUCCCUUGACGGCAUCGCUGACGGCUUUGGUCAUUGUCGACGGACCAAACGUCGCGAGAACUGUCGCAGGGUCACGCUCACGAAGCCCAAGACAGAUUCCGCCUCUGGAUAUGGAGACGCUGAGUGUAGCACUCGAAGCCGUAGAGGAGCGCUUUCCUGGUGUACCGCAAGAAGUAAUGUUGUACCAACCUGACUACGAUCAGUUGGACAGGGAAGACAACAAGACUUUCAGAACGAUACAACGGAAAUGCACUUCGGUACUCAGUUUUUACUUAACGACGGGAUUUAAUAAAGUAGUCAAUGUCAAUCUCAUCAAUCCAUACAAAGACAUGAUUAACGAAAAUUGACUUUUGCAUCUGCGGCUAUACUUACUAAAAAGUAGGCAUUCUGACCUCUUCAAUUUUUUAUGACAGGUUCCCAGUCGAUCGGAUGUAGACGAGGUGAUUCUUCAGCGUGCGCUGAAGCUGCGGAAGCGCGGCGUCCCCGUUCGCAUUCUCACCAACGACAAUUACGAUGUCUAUCGGGAGAAACCCGCAAGGGCAAGAAGUCCGGCAGCAGGAGCCAGGGGACCUUCUACUUUAUCUGGCGAAGUUGGAGGACAGCAGGUGGUGUCGUCCCCGAAAAGCAUAGGAGGUGUCACAAAAGAAUGGUUGACCAGCGUUUUGUGGAAAUUUUCAAUUUCUGCUGUGGACCGUUCUUGUAUCCUGAUGCCAGUAGACGACUUUCCAUCUAGUCCAGUUCUUGCGAGUGGAGCAGCAGGUCAUGAUCAACAUGCGUUGCUUCCUCGAAGCUCGUCACAGAUGAGUUGUACUAUGACCACUUCCGGCGACGUUCACUAUGAGGCGCUGGGACAACAUCAAAUGUCUGUUGGAGGAGAUCUUGCCAGAUCGAUCAUGAUGAACAGCAAUGUUCUUCUUACGCCAGGUGGUCCUGCUUCCUCAAAUCCGCAUCAAGUUACACUAGACCAUCAUGCUGACUCUGGAGGUGAAGACAUGGAGGUCGAUCAGAUGGAAGAUGUAAGUAGUUCAUCAUACAACGACCAAAGAGGACACCCGGAGAAUGAAGAGGAAGUUGAGAUCUAUCUUGAGAACGGUUUUGACGAAUUACGAAAAAAGUUGGAGCAUGAGAAACAACUUCUUCGUCUACAAGUAGAACAAGGGAUUCCGACAGUGUUGGUGACUGCUGCAAACAACGGAACAUGCGAGAACCGAGGUGCGACUGCUGCCAGUGCGGCUAUAUUCGGAUCAUCUUCAACAGGGAACGUAGGACCUGUGGCUGGUAGUGCCAGAGCAUCUCCAUCAAAUGUUGGACUCUCGGAAGAUUACGACUAUUAUAUAGCAAAGGGUGGCUUGCCCAUGACCACUGCAGGAACAAGUAGUCAUGCUCAUGCAACGGCAUCGUCUUCCAGCAGUUCCUCGGGUGUAAUCGCGGGAAUCACGACCAACAAAACCACUGUCAAUGUAGCGUUGAACAAAACGCUUGGUCAACGCCUGCCUUUAGCCUCAGGCACCAGUGGAGCAUCGGCGCUCGCGCGUGCGAAGAAGUCUUCGCUUGCUGCAGCUCACGGGACUUCAACAGCUAGCGGUGCAGGGGCAAAGAGUGUGCGCAAACAAGGAGAUAAAAUCAAGCCAGUUGAAGCUGCAAAGCGGAAUGUAAAGGCAACUGUAGGAAAAAUUAGCUCAUCUGCAACCAAGGCUAGCGGACCUGGUGGUGCGUCCUCUGCCGCCACACGAGCAGCGGGCACCACGACAAGGGCGAAGGCCGCAGCGAGCAGUACUAAUGUCACGACAUCAACAACAGCUACUGCAUCAGCUGGAGGAACUACGACUUCCUCAUCUUCAUCUACAGCUGUUGCGGCUAGUAUGCAGAGUAGAAUAGGCGGGCACAUUCAUCCAGCAAAUGCUCGCAUGGGAAAUGCUUUUAUCGUGGAUGAAGGUAACGACGCAGCUCCUCAAAAAGACCCCACAAAGGGUCUUCGGUCGCUACCUCCACGAACUAACUCUGCUUCGGCGCUAGCAUCUGGUGCAAAGGCAUCGGGCAGUCGGGCGAGUCCCUCUGGUGUCGAUGCAUGGAAUCCUGAAACCUGGGCCAAGAUCAAAGAAAAUCACACAAGUAACUCAAAUUCUGCUUCUUGUAGAAGAAAUAAAGGAUAAAAGGAGGACCAGGGACACGUGCCCCACCCGGCGGCUGACGGGUUUUCUCUCCAUCCCCAUUCAUAUGAUCCCCGAUCGAAAAAGCGGUGUCUGCAAGUGACAUCUAUGAUUUCCCUUUAGUUCAGCCGUUCUUUGCGCAAGGCCGGUCCAGAUCU